UUUUCUUCGUGGUGGCUAUCUUUUUUUUUUUUUUUUUGGUCUGUUGCUACUGUAUGCAGCACCAAGCCAAGGCCUUCAAUUCCUUGUUGCUUUUUUUGUCCAUUGCAUGCAGAUUCAAACAGAGUGGCUACGCCACUUCCUUCUUUGUUUCUUUUGAUUUCUUUGUUGAACUUUUCUUCCUCUCUUUUAUGGUGGCUGUCCCUUUUUAAAAAAAAUCUUUGUUUGUUGUUGUUGUUUGCCUCACCGAGCCCAUGGAACCAAAACCAACUUGUUGCCUUCAUCUUUUUUUUGGUUUUGUUUUAUUUCAUCCAUACGCCAACAACACCCUCCUCCAAAAGAAAGAACAUGUUUGCUCAAAGAGGAAAGUAAAGGCUUUCUCAAGCAGAGAUGGAGAGGAGUGGUUAGAGAGUCCAAGAGUGGAAAUCGGAGGAGGGACGUUAUCAGAGAUAUAUCAGAGCGCCAAGAAGCUGUUGCUAAGAACAAGAGAUGGCCUUGAGAAGCUGGAGAGAUUGGAGAAUGCAGGCGGCAUCGACUCCCCGGACCUCUCCACGUCUGUCAAAAGAGACAUUUCUCAGAUCCAGUCCCUCUGCUCCGAGAUGGACCGCCUCUGGCGAUCUGUUGGCGCCAAAUCUCAACGUGAUCUCUGGAAAAGAAAAGUAGAACAAAUAGCGGAAGAGGCUCAGUCUUUGAAAGAAAGUCUGGAUAAGUAUAAUUUGAGGAAUCAGAAGAGGGCCCAAGAAGCCAGAGAGAGAUCAGAGUUGCUUGGAAGAGCUAAUGGGGAGGGUGCUCAUGUUUUGAGAAUCUUCGAUGAUGAGGCACAAGCAAGGGCGUCAGUUCAUAGUUCUUCUCGCAUGCUUGAAGAAGCCAGCGCUACUGGGGAAAGUAUUCUCAGGAAAUAUGCAGAACAAAGGGAUUGGCUAAAGAGCGCACAACGAAAAGGACUGGAUGUCCUGAACACAAUGGGUCUCUCUAACUCUGUAUUGAAGCUCAUUGAGAGGCGGAACCGUGUCGAUCAGUCGAUCAAGUAUGCAGGCAUGGUUCUGACAGUUGUCAUUGUUGUGUAUCUCAUAUGGAGGUGGAGGUGAUGAUCUAUGCUUGAGAGCCUAUUUUGUUUCUAUUUUGUGGGAAGAUGCUGUAAUUUUCUAUUGUAUUUUGGUCUCCCUUUUGAACGAGGCUAACGAGCUUGUACAAGGGCAUCUUUUAGAAGACGAACUUGUGUAAAUAUGAAUUUUACGCCCAGUGGUGGUAUAUCUUUUAUUUCAUUAUUUUGUUUUGA